CAACUGUAAUCGACUGUAAUAAAUAUCUCACAACGGUUUUACAGUCAGUCUAUUGAUUAACAAAGAUAUUUCAAUCCAUAUUUCAAGUGAUCAAACUAUCGAGAGAGCUAUGGGUCAGCUAAAGCUACAGAAGCCAAAGGUUAUUAUUAUGGAUGUAAUCGGAACGGCUGUCAAAUUGGGAUUCAUUGAGAAGAUUCUCAUACCAUAUGUCAAAUCAGACAUCAAAGAGUAUCUGACGGAGAAAUGGACGGACAAAAACCUAAAGAAAAACAUCGAACGGAUGAGAAAGGAGUCCGAAAAAGAUGGGGAAAGUGGAGCCAAGAUUGCGGCGGCCAAUGCACCCGAAGCCGAACAACAAGAAUCAGUGGCCACCUAUGUGUUGGCUGCGGUCGACGCGAAAAAAGAGUCAAAAGGUCUUCAGAUGUUUAAGUUUUAUAUGUGGUUCUAUGGCUUUGAAAAGGGAAAGUUGGAGACACCGGUCUAUUCGGAUGUACCGAUUCAGGCCCGCAAAUGGAAGGAUAUGGAUGUCAAGCUAUAUAUGCUGAGCAAUGGCUGGACUGAGUUUACCAAACGAGCUCUGUCUAAGACCUCUCACGGCGAUCUCAAUCUACUUAUUGAUGGCCAUUACGACAGUUCUGAGGGACAGCUCAACAACAAGGAAACGUAUACCAAAUUGUUGGCCAAAUUGAAGGUCAAACCGGAUGAGUGUCUAUUUAUGACCAAAUCGGCUGAAGCGGCUCACGCUGCCAAAGAGGCCGGCAUUUCCAUACUGUUGGUUCUCACUCACAGAAAGAACAUCGAAAAACUAACCGAAGAGGAAAAACAAAUGCCAAGAAUCAGGUCUUUCAAUGAACUCGAGUUCUCAUCCAAAGAAGGCGGCGGUGAAGGCGCUGCUCAACCGCCUGCUGAGGCAAAUGCCUAAACAAAACAGACACACAAAAAAUGUUAGACCAGUUUGAAGAUCAUUAAAAGAGAUACAUUCAGAUCUUCAAAUAUGUCAUCUAUUUAUUUGUCUUUCAUUUUCAUCCAUUGAUUCU